UAAUUUAUUAUAUUAAACAAACAACAUAAAAAAUUAGUAAAAUAAAAAAAUAUAAAUUUCAAAUGGAAAAGCUAGAUUAUUUUGGAAGAGAUAUACAAAUAAGAUUCAAAGGUUUAAAAAGCCACAAGACUAAAUGUGGCACGUUAUUAACUUUUAUAUUAAUUGCUCUGAUUUUGAUAAGAUUAUGUUACUUGCUUACAGACUUCAUUAUAGGUAAUAACCCUUCUUUUCUUUAUCAAGAGAGAUAAGUCAAAAGUCCAAAGAAAUUUGAAAUAACUCCAGAAACAUUUAGCCUAAUUUUUGGGGUUUUAGAUGUUAACAAUAAUUAUGUUUUCGAUCCAGAAAUAGUUACAGUUGAGUCUACGCUUGAACUUAAAACAACCACUUACAACGAGACUACUCAAUCUUACUAGGAUAAUUGGUCUACUACUUAAAUUCCCUUAGAAAUGUGCACAUAAGAUCUGAUUGUAAGCGAUCUUGUAUUGUAAAGUGAAUUUUCUUAUCUGAGUUCCCACUAUUGUUUUCCUAAGAAUUUUAAACUAUUCAUUGAAGGCGAAUACCAUUCAGAUAGUUUUGCUUAAAUUUAUUUCUAUAUUAAAAGAUGUAGAGGAUCUCACUGCAAAUCAGAUUCAAUUAUAGAGUAAUUUUUUAGUCAUUUUUAUGGUGAAGUAAUUUUUACAGAUGUUUAUGUUAGCCCUGAAAACAAAAAUAAUCCCUUUACUAAAUACGUUAGAGACAAUUUUUGGGAAGCUGGCUAUAAUUUUCCUUAAAAGGUUUUCAUGGAAAUGAGGAAUAACUAUAUCGAAAGUGAUUUUGGUUUUUUCACAUCAAAUAUUUAAACUGAUAUCUAUCCUUCUUACAGUCAAAUGUAUUAAAUGAUGACUUCACUUGUAGAUGAUAUUUAUACUACCCUUGUGCUUAGGCUUGAAAAGAAAAAAGAAAACUUAUAUAAGAGAUCGUAUAAAAAUUUUUUAUCAGCAGUCUCAGAUUUAGGAGGGUUAUUGCAAGUUUUAACAACUGUGGGAAUCAUUUUAAGCUUUUUCUUUACUUAAGCGCAUUUAAAUUAAGAACUAAUAAACAAUACAUUUACAUUUAAAGAAAGCAAAAAGAGAGAAGAAACAAAAAGCAACUAAUAAGAAUUUAUUUAAACAAAUUAAAAACAAAAAUCUACUUUCUCGCCAAUUUCAAAAAACAAUGAUAGUCAAAAUUCUAAAAUUUAAGGGAAAAAUUAUACUCUAAAUACACCAAGAUAAAGAUCAAUUUCUAACAGCUCUUUACUAUAAAAUUUUAAGUCGAGAUUCAGAAGUUCUGAUAAAGAAAAUUCAAGUGAAAAGCUAGAUGCUCUAGAUUCACCUUCUUAAAGAAUCAGAUAAAUAAUAAAUGAUCAUUUGUAACUCUAAAGAAACUAAGAAAUGAAUCUGAAACAAGAAUAAGUAGAAAAUCAAAAUCAAAAAAUAGAUCAUAAAAAAAUUUUUAUAAGAAAACCAACAAUCCUUCUAGAAGAAAAUAUCAAUAAAGACUCAAAUUCUAUGAAAUUCAACAUUUUUUAAUACUUAAAAUCUCUUUGCUUGAGGUAUGGUGACUUGAGAAGAAAAAAAGUGAUUUACGAUUAGAGUAUAAAAUAACUUUAUCACUAUAUUGAUAUUCAAUUGAUUAUUAACAAAUUGAUUGAAUUUGAUAAAUUAAAGCGUAUUGUUUUAGAUGAUGAUUAAUUAUUAUUAUUCGAAUAUCUCCCAAAACCAUCAAUCUGUUAUUCUUUUAAAGGAAAUUCUGUCGAAUUCCAUGAUAACUAAAGCUUCACAAUUUCUAAAAAAUCAAAGAAUGAAUUAGAUAAUAUAUAGAAAGCAAUUUAAUCAUUCAAGAAUGUGUAAAAUAAACCACUCAAAGAUUAAAAGGAUGCUAGAAUCAUAAAAUAUUUAGAUUUAACUUAUAAAUAAAUAUUUGAGGAGUAAUAAUAACAAUCUUAGAUUUAUUAAGAUAAACCUUAGGAGAAAAAGAGUAUGGAAGAAGAGAUAUUCAAAUUAAGAAUUCUUAGUAAUAAAACAUACAAUAAGAAUUUGUUGAAGAAAAUAAUAAUUUCUAUGUGGAAGACAAUUAAAAUGAAAGUAAUAUAGAAGAAAAUUUAAAAAUUUACAACUCUGUAUGCUAUAAAUAAUCUCCUCUCAUGACUAAUUCAAUUUUAAAAUAAUAAAAUUUAUAAGCAUUCUCUCUUGAAAUAAAAUCAGAGAGUAAUCAAUAAUGAUAAAAAAAAUAUUUAAUACC